AUGUCUAGAGCAUGCACGGAAUAUGCAAUGUCGUCAGCCUUCACGAUUACACCAGUCGCACACAUUUCUAUGGACAACAGUAUCUGCUUGGGUCUCGUGAGGGAGGGUCGCGUGAAAAUGACUGGCGUUGAUGAAAUACUAAAUUAUCAAAGGAACCCUAACGACGAUUUCUACGGUUUGCUGGGCUGUGACGAAAACUCCAGCGCUGAGCAGAUCAUUGCUGAGUACAAGGUGCUGGCUUUGCAGUACCACCCUGAUAAGAACGAUGGGGACAAGGAAGCUGAAGCCAAGUUCCAGCAACUAAAGGAGGCGAAGGAGACGCUGUGCGAUCCGUCUAAGCGUGCUCUGUACGACAAGUGGCGUCAGAGCGGCAUCGCCAUGGGCUAUAAGCAAUGGCUUGGCAUGAAGGACCAUGUACAGCAGUCCAUGCACUGGAGUAAGCCUAACACCAAGGAUCGCAUGCUCGAGGGGGAGUGUGGCCGUGCUUCGGGCCCCUCCAGCCUGGGGCCCAGCAACCCGGCAGCUCGCAGGGCCUCCGAGGGCGGCGCCGCUCUCUGGGGCCGUUGGGGAACUGGCAACCAAGAACCUCCCUCUGAGGUUAUCUCCAAGUUCCGCAACUAUGAAAUCUAA